AUGUCUGAUCAUGACGAUAACCCGUGGUCUGACAUCUCCACAAGGCUACAAAAUCUCAGAAACCUCCUCAGCUCCGAACGACAUUUGUUCACUGACCAUCAACGGGCGUUCGAGGCUAUCGAUGAAGAGAUGGGACAUCAGAUCGCCGCAAACCAACCAUCCACCCGAGAAAGGAGAAGAAGAGAUAUUGAGUCACACAUGCAGGAAGAAGAGUCACAUUCCAUGUCCGAAGAUUUAUCACAAACUGGCAACCCUUCCAGCCUAGUACGCAGUAGAAGACGGGCAUUUCGUCCCAGCGAGCGAUUGCAGAGGUACCAAAGAGAAAGACUUGGUCAGUCGAGUAGGACUCUUCCAUCUGAGACCUCCAUAUCUCCUUCGACGCAGCCUAAUCACGACCGUGGUGAUCGGCUGAGGGCAAAAAGAAGAAAGCUCGAUGACGGUACCUAUGAAGAUGAGCCAAGGACAUUCCGCUAUGGUCACAAGGGGCAGGUCGUGCCAGGCCUUUUACGAAUGGAGAUUGCCAGCUGCGACGGAGGGGAAUAUUCCGAUCCUCGAGUGUCGAUCAAUUCAUAUCCACAACAUGUCCUUGUCGACGAUGCCAGUGUAUACUGUACCAAGACCAGCCGAUGCAACCUCUUACUCAAGCAUGUCGGUGGAAUGCCUUUCACCUUGACAAAGAUCGUGAUUAAGGCACCUAGGGCGGGUUUUGACGCUCCCAUACAAAAGGGACUCAUCUUCGUUUCUAUGAACGAAGAUAAUCUUCUCGAAAAGGCGUCUCGGUACGAUUUGCUCUACGGCCCAGAAAAUCAUCGGUACAUAUCUCUCCGAGAUGUGACUCGCCCGUCUCGUGAAUACAUGAACUCGGCAAGGUCACCGUUACGAUCCGUAGAUCGUUCACGAUACCUUGAGGAUCCUAUUGGUCAAUAUGCUGCGCCUGCAACGGACGGCUCACGAAAUGGUGGCGGCCUUACGGAUUCUUCUGACGGAGAGGAGGAGGCUGAAGAAGCUGCGGGGCCAGCCUCACCUCGACCGUGGCAAGAUGACGAGUACUCGCUUAGAUCCUAUGUCGAUAGAUACAGACCGCUACGUGCUAUGAACAUCCCCGAUGAUGAGUCCGAGUCGAGCGAGUCCGAGAGCUGGGAUGAUCCUGAAAGAGCGGGUUGGCGCCGCCAACACGCUGAUGAAGAUACGCCGAAUCGCGAAGCCCGGGUCCCAGCUCUGCUACAAGGAGAUGACCUUCACGAAAACGACGAAUCUUUCUCAGAGCGCGAUGGCGGUUCCGUCAAUGAUGGCACUGCUAGUCGACGUCGGAGGCUGGGAAGACGGCCUGUUGACACUUCUGCUGCAGAUGCAUUUCAGUCUGAGCCCGUGUCUCCGGCGAACGAACCGUUGAGUCCUUCCGGGAACCUUCCCGGUGACUCUACAGCCAAAAGCUCCAGAUUCGAACCCGAGGCAAGCAGCUCGGUCGGGAGCUCAAAUACUGUCACGCCGCAGGCUCAGUUUAAUAUCAGCCGAAGCAAAUCCCGAGCGUCCGUCAAGUUUGAUCCUCCAUUGUCUGGUCGUUAUAUCUUGGUGAAGCUUUGGGCGCAAACCACCAACAACAACAUCGAUGUGCAGGCUAUCCUUCCGUGUGGCUACGGAGGACCUCGGUUCUUCCCGAGUAACGAUUUCAGAUGA